CCUCCAUCCACCGGUGCCGAGUCCGAAGCCAGUCGGAGCCAGAGGAGGAGACGGGCCGGCUGACUCUGUGUCCCCUGCCCCCACCUGGCCCACCCCCAAGGGACUAUUUCUCCCCCUCGUCUCUGCGGGGGUCGCGGACGCUUUCCCGAACAUGAAGUUACCUCCUCCUGAAAGGUGCCCAAAAGACUCGGCCAUCCUGCCUUUCGGAAUGCUGCCAGGGGAGUUAUCAUCAUCAUCAUCGUCAUCAUUAUUAUUACUAUCGUUGCCAAUUGUUUUCCUUUUGCUUGAAAUUCUUGGAGAAGAGGUGUUAUCAAGCUCUUCCUCGCCCAUCCACUGCCAGUGGCAGCCCUUUGGGCCUUGGUCGGACUGCAGCGGCUGCACCAAGACUCAGACCCGCAGACGGACGGUGGCGGUGUACGGCCAGUUCCAGGGGAACCCGUGCGUCGGAAGCGCCUUCGAGACCCAGUCGUGCGUCCCGACCCGGGGCUGUCCGACCGAAGAAGGCUGUGGGCAAAGGUUCAGGUGUCUCUCAGGUCAAUGCCUCAGCCAGUCUCUGGUUUGCAACGGAGACCAGGACUGCGAAGAAGAUGGCGCCGACGAGGAUCACUGUGAGAGCAAGCCCUCUUGCGACCUGGAUAAGGCCCCCCCCAAUGUGGAGCUGACAGGAAAAGGUUUCGACGUUCUUACGGGCGAGACCAGGGGCAGGGUCAUCAACACAAAGAGUUUCGGUGGCCAGUGUCGGAAGGUGUUCAGCGGCGAUAAGAGAGACUACUACAGGCUCAGUGCCAACGUCCUCUCCUACACGUUCCAGGUGAAAAUCAAGAACGACUUCAGCUACGAAUUCUACAACAGCAGUUGGGCCUACGUGAAGCACAGCCAGACAUCCUUCACAUCCAACACUGGAACACGGAAAAUGAAUCAGAAUGUUAAUAAUAAUAAUUCUAAGAGCUCUCAGAUCAUGGUUGUUCAGAACAGUGUGGAAGUCGCCCAGUUCAUCAAUAACCGCCCAGAGUUUCUCACCCUUGCCGAACCAUUUUGGAAAGAACUCUCUCACCUCCCGUCGGUGUACGAAUACAGCGCCUACCGAAGAUUGAUCGAACAGUACGGGACGCAUUAUUUACAGUCUGGAUCGCUGGGAGGACAGUAUAAAGUCCUGUUUUACGUGGACACUGAAAAAAUGAAAAGAGAAGGUUUUAACAUCCUGAACAUGAAGGAGUGUGUCACGUCGGGAUGGAGUCUUUUUUUCGUUCGCAAGAAGAAGACCGAGUGCACGAAACUGGAGGAUGUGUUGAAGUGGAGUUCAGGCUCCUCUGGCAACGAGCUCCGAGGGGACCCCUACAUCGAGGGAGGGAACCCCGCUUUCGUGGCCGGUCUCAGCUACCUGGACCUGAACAACCCCGCCGGAAACAGCGCCCGCUACUCCUCCUGGGCCGGCUCCGUCAAGGACUUCCCCUACGUCAUCAAACAAAAGCUGGCGCCUCUGUCGGAGCUGGUGAAGGAGGUGCCCUGCGAGGCGGUGAAGAGGCUGUUUCUGAAGCGCGCCAUCGAGGAGUACCUGCAGGAACAGGACCCCUGCCGAUGCCAGCCCUGCCAAAAUGGAGGAGAACCGAUCGUCCUGGGCACGAACUGCCACUGCUCCUGCCGCCCCUACACCUUCGGCCCGGCCUGCGAACACGGGGUCCUGGUCGGGGACCAGGCAGGAUUGGCCGACGGACGGUGGACCUGCUGGUCUCCCUGGAGCCCCUGUGUCCAAGGGAGGAAGUCCAGGAGUCGGGCGUGUAACAACCCUCCUCCCAGCGGCGGGGGCCAUGCCUGCGUCGGCGAAGCCUUGGAAAGUCAACCCUGUGAAGACCAAGAGCUGGAACACCUCCGUCUGAUCGAGCCUCACUGCUUUGAUACACCGGCGGCUCCCACGGCAUUCUGCUCACCUCCGCCUGCCUUGGAAAAUGGCUUUAUCCAACCCACAGCUUCCUCCUUCCCCGCUGGACAAAACGUGGUGUACACGUGCCGGGAGGGCUACACCUUGGUGGGCGAUCCCGUGGCCAAAUGCGGAAAAGAUCUACAGUGGCAGAUCGGGGCCAUGAACUGCCAGAAGACAGCGUGCGUCCUGCCGGCCUUGGAAGAAGACUUCCGGGUUGAGCCCCAGAAGCCAUUCUAUGCCAUCGGAGAGAGGGUGGUCCUGUCCUGUGGGGCGGGCAGGCGCCUGGAAGGGCCGGCUCUCUUCCUGUGCGGCUCCAGCCUCAAGUGGCACCCCGACAUGAAGGCCAGCCAAUGUCAGAUUCCAGUGCCGGCACGGGAGGCGGAGCCGGAGGGGCCCAAGUGUCCACCCUGGCAGAAGCUGCAGCACUCCAAAUGUGCUUGCAAAAUGCCCUACGAGUGUGGACCCUCGCUGGAUGUCUGUGCCCAGAAUGCAGCGACCAAAAAAAUCAUAGCUCUGACCAUUUGCAAGCUGCACGUCAUGGACUGUGUGGGUAGAAAGUUCACUCUUGCCAAGGACGAGAGUUGCAGCCUGCCCAAGUCCGCCGGGAAGACGUGCGAGGCUUGUUCGCUGUGGGAGAAAUGCGAUGAGCCAAGCGGCACGUGUGUGUGUCGUGAAGCAGCAGAGUGUGAGGGGCGAGAAGGGAUCAGCAUCUGUGUGGAAGAGGCCGGGGGCUGGCGGACGCUGAGCGAGUGCGAGGCCGGGGUCCUGAGAUGCCAGGGGAAGGACCUCCCCGUCGUCGCCAUCACGCCCUGCCCCGACGAGAGGAAGUAGCCUCCUCCACAGGCCGCCGGGCCUCGUCUGACUCAGCCCGCCUUCGGCCCGAGCCUCUGCCUGUCUGAGCGGUUCCCGCUCUCUUUCAACUGACACCUGCCUUCCACCCCUUCCCCGUCUCUUCCCCCUCUCCUUCUCAACCUCUACCUCUCCUUCUACUACCCUUUCUCUCCACCCCA